AUGGGUGUCAUUGAUAAGAUUCGUGAAAUUGAGGCCGAAAUGGCCAGGACCCAAAAGAACAAGGCUACAGAGUACCAUUUAGGUCAAUUGAAGGCCAAGCUUGCGAAGUAUAGGACCCAAUUAGUCGAAGCCCGUCCUAUCGGUGGUGGUAAGGGUGAAGCUUUUGAGGUGUCUAAAUGUGGUGAUGCACGUAUCUGUCUCAUUGGUUUUCCAUCUGUGGGCAAGUCUACUCUUUCUAACGCUUUGACCAAUAUGAACUCUGCUACUGCUGAUUAUGAGUUUACUACUCUUACGUGUGUCCCAGGUAUUUUGAUGUACAAGGCUGCAAAAAUCCAGCUACUAGAUCUGCCAGGUAUCCUUGACGGUGCUUCUGAGGGUCGUGGUCGUGGUAGGCAGGUGAUCGCUGUUGCUAACAGUUGCGAUCUUGUGUUGAUGAUAUUGGAUGCUACUAAGGAUGAUUCUCAAAAGUGUAAACUUGAGCGUGAGCUUCACAACGCUGGUAUCCGCAUUAACCGUAAGCCUCCAAACAUAUCAUUUAAGCAGAAGAAGUCUGGUGGUCUGAACAUAAACCAUCUUGUACCAAUAAACCACCUUAGUGAGCGUGUAGUUCACUCAGUGUUACAUGAGUACAAGAUUUUCCACGCUGAUAUAAUUAUCCGUGAGGACGCGACUGUCGAUGACCUUAUUGACGUGGUACGUGGCAAUUGUAAAUAUUGCAAGUGUAUUUAUGUGUAUAACAAGAUCGAUAUGUUAUCAUUGUCUGAGAUUGAGGAGAUAGCACGUCGUCCUAACACUGUUGUGGUUAGCAGUUCUAAGGAGUGGAAUUUGGAGUUAUUAAAGGAGCGUAUGUGGGACGAGCUUGAGCUUAUGCGUAUCUACACAAAGAACAAGGGUGAGGUUCCUAACUUCGAGGAGCCCAUCAUAAUGACACCGCAACGUGGUGACGGUACAGUGUCUGCUGCUGUGCAGAUGAUCCACAAGAAGAUGUUGGAUGAGUUUAAGUUUGCUUUAGUAUGGGGGACUAGUGUGAAACACAACCCUCAGCACGUUGGUUUGAAGCAUCAACUCCAUGAUGAAGACGUAAUCCAGAUCUUCAAGAAGCGUUGA